AAAAGUCCGGGAAACAUCGAAGUUCCGAGUAGAAGAAGGAGUGGCCAUGGAUCCCAGCUCUCUAAUGGAUCCAAAACCUAGCCUUUCUUCUCCUUCUCCUUCUCCUUCUCCUUCUCCGAUACCUUCUCCGGCCUCCGGCGGUGCCCAUCGAUCGUUCUCCAAGAUGGUCGGAACUCCGCAGCGCUUCAUCUAUAGCGACCGCUUCAUCCCCAGCCGUGCCGGAUCCAACUUCGCCCUUUUCGACCUCACCGAUACCACUCCUGCUCGUGAGGACUCCUCCAGCACCUACAACACGCUCCUCCGUUCCGUCCUCUUCGGCCCUGACCAUGUCUCCGUCGUUCCCCCCUCUACUCCCGAUCGCUCCGCCUCUUCCCCGUCAGUUUCCUCCUCAUCUACUCCCUCCCCUGCGUCUUCCACUCCUGGUCGGAAUAUUUUCCGAUUUCGAUCGGAGAUCCCCCGCCGAUCUCUUUACCAUGCCUUUGAUGAUGAGUUGCCCGGGUUUGUGCCUCCCCAACCCAAAGCGCCCAGGAAGGUUUCUCGAUCGCCUUACAAGGUGUUGGAUGCACCGGCAUUGCAGGACGAUUUCUAUUUGAAUCUCGUUGAUUGGUCUUCUCACAAUGUGUUGGCUGUGGGUUUGGGCAAUUGCGUCUAUCUCUGGAAUGCUUGCAGCAGCAAGGUGACUAAGCUCUGUGAUUUGGGUGAGGAUGACAGUGUCUGCUCGGUUGGAUGGGCACAGAGAGGCACUCAUCUUGCUGUUGGAACUAAUUUGGGGAAAGUUCAGAUAUGGGAUGCAUCACGUUGUCGGAGGAUAAGAACCAUGGAUGGCCAUCGUUACCGAGUUGGAGCUCAAGCCUGGAGUUCUUCUGUGUUAUCUUCUGGUAGCCGGGACAAGACAAUUCUUCAACGUGAUAUUCGUGCUCAAGAAGAUUUUGUUAGCAAGCUUACUGGGCAUAAGUCAGAGGUCUGUGGGCUGAAGUGGUCGUAUGAUAAUCGGGAGCUUGCAUCUGGUGGAAAUGAUAACAGACUUUUUGUGUGGAACCAACAUUCCACUCAACCUGUACUCAAGUAUUGUGAGCACACAGCAGCUGUAAAGGCUAUUGCUUGGUCUCCACAUCUUCAUGGGCUUCUUGCUUCUGGAGGUGGAACAGCUGAUCGGUGCAUUCGGUUCUGGAAUACAACCACAAAUUCACACUUAAGCUCCAUGGACACCGGAAGUCAGGUCUGCAAUCUUGCAUGGUCUAAGAAUGUGAAUGAACUUGUCAGCACCCAUGGGUAUUCCCAAAACCAAAUUAUUGUAUGGAGAUAUCCAACCAUGUCAAAGCUGGCAACACUCACUGGCCAUUCAUACAGAGUCUUGUACUUGGCUAUCUCGCCUGAUGGACAGACAAUCGUCACUGGUGCUGGAGAUGAGACGCUCAGGUUCUGGAAUGUGUUCCCAUCCCCUAAAUUUCAGAACACUGGCAGUGAAAUUGGAGCAUCGUCUCUUGGUAGAACUCAAAUCCGGUGACAUGUAAAAACAACUAAAGCAUUGAGAUCCUCCAUUUUGUUGUCCCUGUUGCCCUAUUUAAUGUUUUGCUCAGCAUCCUCUGAAUUAUGGCGACUUUAGGCGGCCUUUAGUUAUCUAUAUGUUGAAUGUAAAUAUAUCACGUACGGUUGAGAAAAGUUCAAUACUUGUUGGUUGUUACAUUAUUGAAUUGCCGAAAGUUCUAAAAUGAACCACAUGUUCCGUAUAAUAAAUUAAGCUUUUUUUUUAAUCAAUAUCUUUUUUUUUUUC